AUGGUGACAGCCAAUGAAUUAACUAGCACAAGAUACUCUCCUGUCGACUCUUGCUCCUUCAAAUAUUGCCCCAAAUUCGACUAUGACGGCUUCACUAAAGUUGCAUCAGUUACUCCUUUGGAUGAGGCAUCUUCCCUUUGUGAGACUUCACAACAAAAUGUUCUUUCAGGAUUUGCUUCCGCCUCGUCUGCCAACCUCUUCUCGACUACGACAACCUGUGCCACUAUCACUUCCCUUCAUAGAACGCCAGCUCAUCUCGAUCCUCUAACGGCGUCUACAGAAGAGCCUAUGGAGAUAUCAUCAACUUACUCUGUUCAGUCUUAUGCCGAAAAGGAGUUGGAAAACAUUAGCAGAGCCGAUCAAACUUUUAUGGUUGAUCCAAUAAAAUCCGCUGACUCAAUGAACAGCAAUAGAUUUACGUAUAUUAAUGACUCCAAAAAGGAUAGCAACAUCAAUGAAAGUAUUUGCCUUAGUAAACGUAAUAUUCAAGCCACUUUUUCCAGUCUUUCACCUGAAGGGGCUAUUACUGGCAGCUCUUCUAUGGCCGAUAUCACCGGCUCCAAUCUUAUCCUACCUUCUAUAAACCUUACUUCUCUGCCUUUACCUUCGAUACCUGUUAAUGAGAAAGGAUUGGGCUCACAUAGUGGCUGUUUGAGUAGUGAUUCAUCUCAUUUUGCUUUCUUCGGACGGCAAAACAACUCUGCUCACGAGCUCAGCCCGAAGCCAAAGGCCGGGUCCGAUGUGGAUACCAAGCUGGUUCAAAUGGUCUCCUUACACCUGGGCCUUGAGAAGAAGGAAGACGAAGAAGAUAGUGAUAUUCGGGAUUCUCAUACAGAAGAGGAAGACACAGAUACAGAGGAAUCGCAUGAAAAUCGAGAUGGUCACCUAGGUUCUGGCUGGAAUCUGCGCGGCAAAGAAGGGGAUCCGUUGCCUGGACAGUUGCGCAGCGCCAUGUUGGCUCGACUUUCUAACGAUGGUCUCGUUUGUCCCUUUCUGGCCCUUAUUGUCUUCCUAGUUGUUUUGAUAACCAACCAUUUUACCAAUUUUAUCAAAGUGGAGGUCAUUGGUAAUUCUGGUAAUGUAACUUCAGAAUACACAAGAAACGCUGGCCUAAUUUCACUUGAGGCUAAUCGAGACCUUGUUGGUUCACCACCAGUCGAUCCUUUACUUCUGAACCAGUCGGUACACUGGUUUCUUAUUUUCACGAUUGUCUGGGGCCUUAGCUUGCAUUCCCUCUGGCCACAACUACGCCGGCCCCUAACGCCGUAA